AAGGGACACACACACAGAGCACAGAAAUUGAGAUGCGAAAAUUGAGCUAAACACAGACACACUGCGCAUUCACUACGUUCUGAAAUUCCUCUGUUUUCUCUGAUACAUCCAUCAUGGAUCCGGUGAACGACUGGGGCAACACGCCGCUAUCAACGGUGGACCCGGAGAUCCACGACCUCAUCGAGCACGAGAAGCGUCGCCAAUGCCGCGGCAUCGAGCUCAUAGCAUCGGAGAAUUUCACCUCCUUCGCCGUCAUCCAAGCUCUUGGCAGCGCCCUCACCAACAAAUACUCCGAAGGCAUGCCCGGUAACCGCUACUACGGCGGCAAUGAGUUCAUCGACCAGAUCGAGAAUCUCUGCCGCUCUCGCGCUCUCCAGGCCUUCCACCUCGACGCCGCCGCGUGGGGUGUUAACGUCCAGCCUUAUUCCGGUUCUCCGGCGAAUUUCGCCGCCUACACCGCCGUGCUCCAGCCGCAUGAUCGUAUCAUGGGGCUGGAUCUUCCUUCCGGCGGGCAUUUGACUCAUGGGUACUACACCUCCGGCGGGAAGAAGAUCUCGGCGACUUCGAUUUACUUUGAGAGUUUGCCUUACAAGGUGAAUUUCAGUACUGGGUAUAUUGACUAUGAUAGGUUGGAGGAGAAGGCUUUGGAUUUCAGGCCAAAGUUGAUUAUCUGUGGUGGUAGUGCUUACCCUAGGGACUGGGAUUAUGCCAGGUUUAGACAGGUUGCUGAUAAGUGUGGUGCACUUCUGCUAUGUGAUAUGGCUCACAUUAGUGGCCUUGUUGCUGCUCAGGAAGCAAAUAACCCAUUUGAGUACUGUGACAUUGUCACAACAACAACACACAAGAGCUUGAGGGGGCCCAGGGCGGGUAUGAUCUUCUACCGGAAGGGACCUAAACCGCCCAAGAAGGGCCAGCCGGAGAAUGCAGUGUAUGAUUUUGAAGACAAGAUCAACUUUGCAGUCUUCCCCUCCCUUCAGGGUGGUCCUCACAACCACCAGAUCGGCGCCCUUGCUGUCGCUUUGAAACAGGCCAUGACACCUGGGUUCAAGGCAUAUGCCAAGCAAGUUAAGGCCAAUGCAGUUGCUAUUGGAAAUUACUUGAUGAGCAAAGGUUACAGCCUUGUCACUGGAGGAACUGAGAACCAUCUUGUCUUGUGGGAUCUUCGACCUCUCGGAUUGACCGGCAAUAAGGUGGAGAAACUUUGUGACCUCUGCAACAUUACUGUGAACAAAAAUGCUGUUUUUGGUGAUAGCAGUGCCUUGGCUCCUGGGGGAGUAAGAGUUGGAGCCCCAGCUAUGACUUCCAGGGGCUUGGUUGAGAAGGACUUUGAACAGAUCGGAGAGUUCCUUCACCGUGCAGUGUCUCUCACGCUGGAGAUCCAGAACGAGUAUGGCAAACUUUUGAAGGAUUUCAACAAGGGCUUGGUGAACAAUAAGGCUAUUGAAGAACUCAAAGCUGAUGUUGAGAAGUUCUCAGCCUCAUUCGAUAUGCCUGGAUUCCUAGUAUCUGAGUUGAAGUACAAGGAUUAGGUGGCAAAUGCAACUCUUCUCCCAAUUGUCAUAAUGUCCUAGGCAAGUCAGGGAAAAGGAGAUAAGAAGUCAAUAAAUCUUUCUUUUUGGGUGUCACAUUAGGCUAGUUGGAUGGAUUUUCAGUUCUAUUUUAAUUAUUUGUCUUCGUUAUUUGUUUCUGUAUGCGUGUGAUAUAAUAUUUUCUCAAUAAAAUGAUAUAUUACGUGUA